CCUUAGCUAGCCGGAAGACCGAAAGGGAAGGCUUUCUUCUUUAGCUAGUUGUUUCUGAAGUUCACGAAUCACCAUAUAGUAGUACAAUAACAAUGCAAGUCAGUACUUAUUACCGAGUGAACAUAACUAAGUGAUGCAUCUUGUACUCUUUCGAUAGGUAUUUCAUAUCCAAACGGCACUCAUCGAUGUUCGCUCGAUGCACCACCGCUAAAAACAAAGCUGCGAGGAGUUUAAGCUAACUAGUUUGCAUUAUCCUUCCAUGUGCGUGCAAGGCAGCAAUGGCAUGCAAACGGAGCCCGUGGCUGCCAGGAAAGCAACUGGAGAGGUUAAUAAUGCGGUAUCUUUCAUUUGUACUCUUGUUUUAUCCCGCUGCAUACCAGCCCGGUGAGGCGUGUGCCGCUGUGUCCGAGGAGGGAGAAACCAGCGCAGCCACACUGAUACUGUGCAGGGCGUGCGGACACGAGCUGGCAUCCGGGACGGACAUCCACUUCGUUCCCAGUCGACUAGCGCUCUACAGCCGCAACGACACAUUGGUCGGAGGCCGAAGGGUUAACAUCCAGCUUUUCGAAAACCCCCACGGACACCAGUUUGAGGUGAUUACGUUCAGAAAAGCUGACGUUACCCAGCACUGGCCGGCUGAUAGACACUUCUCCUGGUUCCCGGGCUUCUCAUGGACGGUGGCCACCUGUCCUCGGUGUAAAACUCAUUUAGGUUGGGCCUUCCAGCCCAGUGAUUGGCCAGACACAAUCACAAAAACCAACUUUGAGGAGUCUGAGCACACUUUCUUGGCUUUGAUCACCCAUCGUCUUUUAAGAGAAGACUUUGCUUCAAGUCUACUAAUGACUCCAAAAUCCUUCAUGAGCUGAUGGACUUUGUUCACAUCACCCAGGUGCCUUUGCUGCUACCUAGAUCUAUUUUCAAAAUACGUUUCUAUGCACCCACUUGAAAACUCCCACACGUGUAAACACAGUAAGUUUUAUUAUUGUAACAAAGCAAGUUGUACACCUCAAAUUUAAAACAGUUUCUUUUCCCCCCAGCGGAAAAGGAAAGUGAUUAAAUGUAAAUUCUAUGAUAACAUGUUUGUAGGUUUGUUUCACCCAUGAAGCAGUGGGGGCCAAAAUUUACAAGCUUGUUUUUUUUUUCAUUUUGUUCUUUAUUAAAAAUGUCAUUUCAAAUCUCAUGGAUAUCUGUAAAACAAUACAAUGAAAAAAAAAAGUCCCAUAGAAAUGGUGUCAAAAUAACCACUCUCCCCAAUAACCAACAUACUCCUGCCCCUCCCCAGCUUACCCCACCCCCCUCCCCCUAAACAUUACAAGUCAAAGGAAUGAGCUGGUACUCGUUAACCACAUAGGGGAAAAAAACAGUUUUUUCAAGGGAUCAACACCCCAACUGGAAAAAAAAGUGUAUGGGGAAAAAAUAUUGAGAGGUAAACUAGCGCUGGGUCACUACACCAUGGCUUUAGUCAAUUUACCACACAACCUUUAACAGGAGAAGUUCUGUGUGAAUUGUCUUCAAAUUCUACUCAGGAUGCCGUGCUGAUUCUAUUUUUAUACUUUUUAUUAUUAUUUUUGAGAUGACUUUGGGGAUGGUACUCACAAUUCAGGGCAAAGUGCCAUUGGCCUAAGAUGAGUCAAAGGAGAACAUGGCACCAACAGGUGAACAGGCCUCAGAAUGGAAAAUGAAGCACACAUAUAAAAAAAAAAAAAAAAUUAAAAUAAAAAAAACAAAAAACAAAAAAAACCUUUGCUCCCGAAUGUGAGUGGAAAAACCAAACAGGGAAUAGCAGGUUGAGGGUCUGGGUCGAUGAUGUUAUUUUUUAGUCGUCUUCUCCCUCAUCAUCCUGAAAGAAUAAGAUGUCAGACAGUGAGCGUUGAAAACAUACUACUGCCAAUAACCGCAAUUUAAAUUUAACAUUUUACCUCUCCAUCUUCUCCAUCAUCCUCUUCAUCCUCUUCUCCGUCUUCAUCUCCUUCCUCAUCUAUGUCCUCCAAACCUUCCUCGUCCUCUUCGUCAUCCUCACCUUCACCCUCUUCAUCAUCCAUGUCCGGAACCUAGGGAUAAGAAUCACUUUCAGCACUUGUCUGUCCUUCAGUUAUAACUAAACUUGACAGAAAGUUUCCUGCCCUGGCGGAUGGAAUACAUUUUAUCAGCAAGACAGUGUCUGGAAUAUCCACAGAGACAAAAUUUCAGUGAAUAAACAGACAAGCAAAGAGGUCUGCUUAUUGUGGAAAGUGGCAGCUAGGGAAAUUUAUGCCACAGGCAAGGACACAUUAACCUGGUCAUAAACUUACCAGGUAGUACUGCAGAGGGUUUGGCCAGAUGUCGUCCUUGAUAACCUCCCCAAGCUCAUCAGCACCAGCAUCAGCGUGGUCAGUGAACCAAGUGAAGAAGCUCUCUGGCUCUUCAUGUUGCCUCUUCCUUCCUGCUUUGUUCUGUGUCUGGCUGGAACGCUUGGUCAGGUCCUACAAACACAUGGAGAAAAAUAAAAUGUCUGACUGAAAACUUCCAAUAGGCAAGUGCUCUAGUUAGGUCAAGUCAUGCUGGUUUAAUAUGUACUCUUUAUUAGUUAAAAAGUCAAAGCUGCCCUAACAGCUUAGGAAAAAAAAUCUCAGGGCAAUUGUAACUUAGUGUGUAAAAAAAGAAACAAAACAGUUAAAAUGCCAAUUAGAAUAAUUAAGAGACAUUGUGAAUGAAGAUCUUAAGAAUGCUACAACUGGUUGCAACUAAAAUGAAAAGUCUAAAGUCUAGCCACCCUCUAGUUAACUUUGCUGACGACAACAACAACAAAACAAAAAUCUCAGAUACACAUACCUUUCCUGAUUUCCAUUUGAUUUCCGUUGACUUUGAAGAUGGGUCUCCGCUCUCAUUCAAAUGGAACUCUUUGGAAAGUACUUUGUUUUCGAAGUACGGAUUUUCGUCAAAAUACUAAAAGAUAUAAUGUACCCAAGUAAGAACAUAGGACAAGACUUGCUCCUCUAUGCUAUGUGCGCACCAAACAUUACAAUACUUACAAAAUCUAUUCUGUAACCUGACUUGAUGUCUUCAAACUCGGUCACCUCCACUCGGCUCAGGUAAUGAAGUGCUUCUUCAUCCUCCUCUCCCAGUAGGGCAGAUACUGUGGAGGAAACCAAUUACAUAGACCAGAUUUUACCUUGAAUCACUGUCCAAAUCAUACAAACUUUUGUCAUUGUUAUUUCAAUAUUUUCACAAGACAGAGUUUAGCAAUAAAAGCCUGCCUCAUGUUGAAUGGCUCACCUUGUGGAUGGUUGACAAACGUGGUGACCCAGAAGUUGGGGAUUUUGGCGAUCAGUUCUGACCUCUUCUGAAAGAAUGGCUGACGGAGUUUGUUGUAUUUCUGUUCUACUUUGAGGAUCUCCUCACUGGCUUGCUCAUUCAACCUGAUGGGAAAAAUAAACCAAAUUAAAAAUCAGCUUUGACUGUUUAUGCAAAUUGAGUAAAAAAAAAAACAACUAAAAUUUGUUAUCAAUGUCAGUUCUGUAAUGUGGUCAAUUAUAUCUAGUUAGGCUCAGGGGUAGUAAACAAUGCAUCAUGGCUGGCUGAGAUUCUGCAGGUUUUAAUGCCAACUACAGUUUAAAGCAUCAGAUUUCACCAGUUAGUUCCUCUUCCUUUAAGAGAUGUGCUAAUCACAUCUUUGACUUUCCUGUUUUAAAGAAAACCUCGACCCUAACAAGGACAAAGUCAAACAUCACUAUUUUAUUAUGAAGUUGACAAAUGUUAUUACCUGUCAAUUUCAUUUUGAACUUCGUCAAUGUGUUCAAUAGCUUCUUGCUGCUCUUUCUCUGUGGAAAAAGAGAUAAAUGUGUUA